AUGCAAGGAGAGCUAUGUGUCUUCGUUGGUACUCCUUUGUGGGAAAAUACCAUCGAGGCCACAUGGGCGACCAACAGCACCAUUCUCUUAGAUUACGGACAGUGCAACCAAUGCAACGGCAGCUCUGGAUUGCCGCGCAUCAGCCUCGACGCUGUGCCUGGAGUCCCGGCAGAUCAGCCGCACUUCCAGGCGUUGAGCCUUUGGUCCACUCUUGCACGAAGGCUAACAGAGAAGAAUGCGUCGAGGCACUCUGAUGAUCCUUUGGACCGGUGCUACUGGCUUAUGCACGUGGAUGGGAGGAGUUACGUCAACGUUCCACGUGUUGCUGCGAGACUGGGAUGCCUAGAAGGUUUGCACCCGGAGUACUACGCUUUGAGUGCUGCGAUAGGGGAGGCCCGUGUUGGCAUUGCUGACGAGUCAACUGGAUACAUCAUCAGUCGACGACUGUUGAUCCAGUUGCACUCAUCUGGUUGGGUUGAGAAGUGUGGUAAAGAAUUUACGGGCAGCAAAGAUGCCCAAGGAUUUGGCUGGAAGUGGCCCUCAGGCUUUUACGCCUCGCUAUGUCUAUGGUGGCAUUUGCGGUUGAGGUCACAAAGAUUGGGUGACCCCGUGCAAGAGGUGCUCACGUAUUCACUGCCUGCGGGGAGGGAUAGUCAUCCACUGUUUCGGCUUCGCAGACUACACCCAUCUGGGCAUUGUAUCUUGAGCGCCGCCGCGAAUUCAGCUGCAGCUUUACAAGAGAUUCAUCGACGUGUUCAAAUUGAGAGCCCCUUGGAGAAGGGUGGACGAAAUUCACUGCGGGCCGAGGUGGGCUGCUUCGUCCGCAGUUUGGCUGACCCAGAAGCUCUGGCACCUCCGUGGAGCUUCCGUGUGGCGAGAGCUAUAGCAAGAUGCCCACUACAGCUUGCGCUGGGUGACUCACCAGAAAUUGGUCUCUCUGUCCUAAAGCAGGAGCUUCGAAGGCCAUCGCGGCCGGAAGGGGCUGCUGCGAAGCACUUGCGCGGCUUGCGAAAGGAGCUGUGCAUCUUGAUGCCUGCCACCAAUUCCACCCCAAAGCAGGUUGAUCGUGCUGUUGCUGCAGUCGACACCUGGGCGAGGCCAUACCUUCCGAGUGAAGGAAAGCCAUCUGGUCGAGUCGUGGCUUUGUUGUACAGCCGGCAUCCACUACUUGGAAGUUGGAAGGAUGCAACGCUAUCCCUUCAAGGAGAUCUUGAUGUGCGACACCCAAAGUUCAAUGCGCUACGCUUUAUCUACAUGUGGCUGACGUUGGCCACCCACCAUGCCACUUCCUGUGACUUUUGGAUGAAGGCAGACAUGGACGCCUACGUGGACGUUCCAAAGCUUCGAACGACGCUGCGCAUGUUGAAUGCCUCCCAAAAGAUCUAUGCCGGUACUGUGACGUUCUCUCAUGGCCCCAGUUAUGAGGCAUGGAACACCUUCGCUCAUGGAAUUGGAUACGUCAUCAGCCGGGAAGCCUUGAAAGCCGUGGUGCCUGGCCUCAAGAAAUGCAUGGAGCUUUUGCUACUGUCCCGCUUGGAAGCCAUUGAGGACAUGCUGCUUGGAGCCUGCUUUCGAUUGGUGAAGAUCCAGCCUGUGCAGCUUGGCCAUAUGAUCUACGACUUCCAUCCUGGCCAAGAGAAGAGGGUUUUGGACGAAGAGCCCUUGGUGACACACCGGGUGGAGGAGAACGACAUGUUGUGGACUCAGAAACAUUGUGAGCAGUGGCUGAAGUUCUUAGCUGGGAAGCUGGAUGUUUUUCUGGAUGCAGCUCAUGAUGUUCUGUGCUGUUUCGACAUUGUUUCGGAUGCAGUCCUUGUUUCAGUUCAGGUCAUGACGGAAUCCGCUGAGGAAGCUCUCAGAGAAAGCCGAGAAAGCUGGCGUGAUGAUGGCAGGUUUCACAACAUGUCCAAAUCAUCUGGAGACUCCAACUUCAUUCAAAUCCAGAUUCCGCCCGACUGCUACGAAGGAGACGCGUUUGUCGUGGAAGUCGACGAUGCGGUAUUUCAAAUGGUGGUUCCUGCUGGCUGCUCUCCCGGAGAGGUGAUUUACAUGGACAUGCGCGAGGGUGCUGGCUAUCCAGCUGGAGAUCUGACCACGAAGCAGAGAAGCGGGUCUCGACCGGCGUCUGGAGUGAGAAAGGUCGCGAAGGACAUUCUGCCUGAGGAAGAACAUGAGACCGAAGCUCUGUUGGCUAGCAACGUUGAAGUUGACGCAAGCCUCACUGAAAGCCUCACUGAGGAGGCCUUGAUCGCCAGGCCAGACGGGCCCACGGAGAUGGAAAGGCAGCCGAGCAGAUCGCCGUCCAUGGCCUCGCGGCCGUCGCGAUUAUCUUCCAGAUCCUCGCGAUCCCAUCAGUCGGUGCAUGUCCAGGUGCCUGACGGAGUGAAGCCCGGUGAGAAAUUCUUUGUGGUAGUGGAUGACAUGGAAUAUGAAGUCUGGGCACCUGAAGGCUCGUCUCCCGGUGAAAUGGUGGCCAUGGAUGUGUACAAAGAUCCAGUGGAGAGCCAAAAGGCUUUGACAGCUUCCAGAGAAAGUGGCAAGUCUAGAAGGAAGGGCACGAACACCUCUGAGCCAGAGUCGGUGGCUACAGAUGGAAGUCUAGUUUAUGUGCAAAUUCCCGACGGAUCUGGCCCAGGUGAAACGUUUUUUACGGAUGUCAAUGGUUUUGAGUAUGAGAUUUUGGUCCCAUCCACCUGCCAAUCCGGCGACUUAAUCUACUUGGAAGUGCCAGCCAAGCGAACCAUGGGCAAAUUUGUGGUUCCGGAGAACUCCCCGGCAGCGUUGCCCUAUGACGCGCCAUCAAUCUUCACGGCUUUGAGCGAUCCCUUUAGCGACACUUCUAGAUCUGACCAUUUAGCAGAUAUUCGUGUUCCCACUGGUGUUCAUGCGGGGCAAACCUUUGUGGUGAUCAUCGAUGGGGUUGAAUUCGAGGUGCCAGUACCAGAAGGCUAUGGAGCUGGUGACCUCAUGUCCUUGCAGCUGCCAUCGAAAGGAAUCUCACCAGAUCCUGUGACUGGCUUGGAAGAGGUUCGUGCAGAGCUGGAACAAGUGCGGGCCGAACUGAAGGAAGUCCGGGAGAGUCGCUUCAAUCAAUCGGGGCUCAGCCGAGACAGCCAGCGAUUUGAGGAGCGAUUUGAGGAUGAUAACAGGUUUCUCCACGAGUCCAAAUCAUCGGGAGACUCCAACUUCAUUCAAAUCCAGAUUCCGCUCGACUGCUACGCAGGAGACGCGUUUGUCGUGGAAGUCGACGAAGCGGAAUUUCGAAUGGUGGUUCCUGCUGGCUGCUCUCCCGGAGAGGUGAUUUACAUGGACAUGCGCGAGGGUGCUGGCUAUCCAGCUGGAGAUCUGACCACGAAGCAGAGAAGCGGGUCUCGACCGGCGUCUGGAGUGAGAAAGGUCGCGAAGGACAUUCUGCCUGAGGAAGAACAUGAGACCGAAGCUCUGUUGGCUAGAUCCUCAAUAUCAGAGACGCAAGCAACAGCGGAGAUUGUCAUCCCUGAGGAACAAGAAGUUGAAGAAGUUGAAGAAGUUGAAGAAGUUGAAGGAGGCAGAGGCAACGUUGUUGGCGCCAGCAUGGAGGAGAUCCUUGCGUUAAGUGCCGAUGGCCCUAACCUUGGCACUUUGAGUCGUGUGAGUGGCCCCAGUGGUGUCCCCAUCGAUGUCGGCGCGCUGGUGGAGAUGGAAAUGCACCCGAGCAGGUUGCCCUCGGCCUCGCGGUCGCAGCCCAGCUCCAGGAGGUCCUCGGGAUCCCAUACGUCACGGACGUCGGUACAUGUCCAGGUGCCGGACGGGGUGUAUCCCGGCGAGAAAUUCUUUGUGGUGGUGGAUGACAUGGAAUAUGAAGUGGUGGCACCUGAAGGAUCGGCGCCAGGUGAAAUGGUGGCAAUGGAUUUUUGCAGAGAUCCAGUGGAAGGCUCAAAGGUUCUGAGGCCUUCCAAAGACAGUGACAAGUCUGAAAGGAAGAUUGAUAGCGUGGCCACGGAUGUUGGCAAAGCUCCGGGGGAAGGCCAAAAGGUCUUCACAGUGGCCAAACAAAGUGCCACGUCUGAAAGGAAGGACACAAACACCUCUGAGGUCGAUUCUGCGGCCACAGAUGGAGAUUUAGUUUAUGUGCAAGUUGCCGAAAUAUGUAUCCCAGGCGAAACGUUUUUUACUGAAAUCAAUGGUGUUGAGUAUGAAAUUUUGGUCCCAUCCACCUGCCAAUCCGGCGACUUGAUCUACUUGAAGGUCCCGGCCAAGCGGACCACAGGCAAACUUGUGGUUCCGGAGAAGUCCCCUGCAGCAUUGCCUUAUGACGCGCCAUCAUUCUCGACCGAUCCCUUGAGUGACACUGGACCUGGCCUGGCAGAUGUUCGUGUUCCAAGUGGUGUUCAUGCUGGGCAAACCUUUGUGGUGAUCAUCGAUGGGGAGGAAUUUGAGGUGCCAGUGCCCGAAGGCUAUGGAGCUGGUGACCUCAUGUCCUUGCAGCUGCCAUCGAAAGGACUCUCACCUCCUGUGACUGGCGUCGAAGGGGUUCGCUCCGAGCUGGAACAAGCGCAGUUCACCAAGAGCCUUGAAGAGGUUCGUGCGGAGCUGGAACAAGUCCAGUUCUCCACCAAGGGCCUGGAAGAGCUGCGGGCAGAGCUGGAGCGUGUGCGGGCCGAACUGAAGGAAGUCCGGGAGAGUGGCCUCAAGGAAUCGGUGUUCGGAGAACGGAAGCGACUUGAAGAUGAUGGCAGGUUUCCGAACGGGUCCACUACAUCGGAGUGCUCCAACAUGAUUGAGAUUCAGAUUCCGCUCGACUGCUACGAAGGAGAUGCGUUUAUCGUGGAAGUCGACGCAGCGGAAUUUCGAAUGGUGGUUCCUGUCGGCUGCUCUCCUGGAGAGUUGAUUUACAUGGACAUGCGAGAGGGUGCGAGCUACUCAGCUGCACAACUGACCAAGCAGCAGAGAAACAGUUCUCGACCGGCGUCUGGAGUGAGAAAGGUCGCGAAGGACAUGCCUGAGGAAGACAGUCAUGAAACAGAAUCUCUCUUGGCGAGAUCCUCAAUAUCAGAGACGCAAGAAACUCUGGAGAUUGUCAUCCCAGAGGAUUGCUACCCUGGGGACAUUUUCGUCAUUGAGGUGAAGGGCGCUGAGCUGGAACUGUUGGUCCCAGAUGGCUGUCAGCCCGGCGAGCUGAUCUAUGUCGACUUGCCCAGUGAAGAAGGCUCCAGGGCGUCGGCGGCCUCGGAAAGCAUUAGAUGCGACAAAGCGAAACCUCUCAGUGCUGGCCUGGACGUUCGUGCAGAACUGGCACAAGUGCAGUACUGCACCAAAGGCCUCGAAGAGCUUCGAGCGGAGCUCGAAGAACUGCGGGCCGAACUGGCGGAAGUCCGCGAGAGCAGGUACUACAGCGAGUCCUCAUCGGGAGGCUCCAACAUUCACACAGCGAGAUCCAGACUCUCAGAGAGCCAAGAAACGCUGGAAAUUGUCAUCCCUGAGGAUUGCCACCCCGGGGACACGUUCGUCGUCAAGGUGAAGGGCACUGAGCUGGAGCUAUCGGUCCCAGAUGGCUGUCAGCCCGGCGAGGUGCUAUCUCUCUACUUGCCGCGUGAAGGCCAGAUUCUCGAGUUCGAACUGGUGAAGAUGCAGGGCGAGAGUUGCCUUCCGCUUGGUUCCGUGGAGUUGGAGUGGGAUCGAUUCAUCGAAAGCCGCGACGACUCGCUGAGCCUCACAGGCACAGAUAAAUUCCUUCGCGUAGAGCUUGAGAAUCCUGCCACAGUUGCAGAGCAUGUCGCGGCGCCGGUUGCGGCCCAGGCUCAGGUCGCUGCGCCGGUUCGCGGUGCCGAGGGCGGCGAAGGCCUGGAUGGUCCGGAGCGGUUGGUGGCGGUGCAGCUGGCAGCGGCAGCGGAGAUCACCAGGAUGGAGGCUCAGGAGCGACAAAGAAUGAAAGAGGAAGAAGAACGCAGCAAAACGGUUGAAGCUGCAAUAGCUGAAGCAGAGGCUCAGGAGCGACAAAGAAUGAAAGAGGAAGAAGAACGCAUCAAGACGGUUGAAGCUGCAAUAGCUGAAGCAGAGGCUCAGGAGCGACAAAGAAUGAAAGAGGAAGAAGAACGCAGCAAAACGGUUGAAGCUGCAAUAGCUGAAGCAGAGGCUGAACGGCAACGGGAGGAGGAGUUGAGACUUGCAGCCAUCGAAGAGGCGGAGCGCUUGCGAAGGGAGGAGGAAGAACGAGAAGCUGCCAAAGAGGCUGCAAAGAAAGCCAAAGAAGAGGCAGAACGCCAGCGCUUGGAAUUCCUGAAGCAGCAAGCUAUUGAGGAGGCCGAACGCGCAGUUCGAGAAGAGGAAGCACGCAUCAAGAGAGAAGAAGCAGAAAGAAAAGGGAAAAUCGUGAUCUCAGUGACGGUUUUGAACGACGAGACCGAAGAGCUCAUGGCAAAGGCAUCCCUUCGGCUCGGCUGCAAGGUGCAAGAGCUUGGGCAGGCCUGUGUCCGAGAGGCGAGGCUCUCCGUUGCCCCUGCGAUCUUCUCCGAGCCGAAGCCGGAGCCGAAGAUGGUCCGUGGCAAAAUGGAACUGCGAGAGCGCUUUCCGUUACCACCUGAUGAUACUCUCUUAGAAGCUGGUGUGGAGAACAACGCCGUGCUGCGAGCAAAGAUCAGCUCAGCGGUUAUCACAGCCUCCAAGGAUUGCACCGCCCGCAUUUGGAAUGCUGAGACCGGCAGCUGCCAGCUGGUGCUGGAGGGCCACAACGCAGCAGUUUGUUCAGCUUGCAUAUCUCCAGACUGCAGAUAUGUGGCGACGUCCUCCGAAGACAGCUCUGCCAGGCUGUGGUAUGUGGACAGCGGUCGAUGUGCUCGAGUAUUGCAAGACCACAAAGAAGCUGUUUAUUCUGCAUCCUUUUCGCCCGACAGCAAACAGGUGGUCACAGCUUCAGAGGAUGGCACAGCAAAGAUUUGGGUCGUCAAGACUGGCCUGUGCAAGCUGACGUUGAAGGGGCAUAAUUUCGCAGUCCUUUGGGCAGCCUUUGCACCAGAUGGUCGCAGCGUCACCACCACCAGCAGCGAUGGCACCUUGAAGAUUUGGAAUGCCAAGACCGGAGUCUGCGAUCGGACUUUGCUGGGGCAGAAGCCAGUUUAUUUAGCCUCUUUUGCAACCGACGGAAGCACCUUUGUCACAGCCAGUGGCGAUGACACUGCUAAGAUCUGUGACUUAGUGACUGGUGAAUCGAAGAUUGUGCUGUCUGGGCACGAAUCGCUUGUUCUCGGUGCCUCUUAUGCGCCCUCGUGCCCACAAGCAGAGCAGCAAGCAGAGCAGCAGAAAGAUGAAAAUGGCUAAGCCAUGCGUCUUUUCCAUGCUACAUUUGUAGGUUUACGUUUCACAAGAAUUCAGUGGGGAAAUUUGUGAUUUUGUAAUUUCAGAAUUCGCCGUGCUUCUCGGGUUUGGUCUCGAGAAGGUUCUUCUCAAUGGGCUCCCACAGUGGACUCCAAAGACAACUCCAAAGAAUAGUAGACGGUUGAAUGCCUUUGAAUGUCUUGAAUUGCAGGUCAUGUUUCACUGCAAAGACAAGCAAAAUUUUUCGAGUGAGUCGGUGUGAAGUAGAUGAAA